UCUUCCGAUGUCUCAGGAAGCGCUGCUGUCGCUGCGUCAGGAGCUCCGAAAAUGCUUUCGGAGUUUAGAGGCGAGCCGCACCGUUUGGGGGUCUGCUCUGGAGGAGUGCUCCCCUUUGCUGAGCUCCCUGGGAAACCUCGCCGAGCAGCUGAGGGCGCUGAAGUGUGUAGAACUGCUAAACACGCCUCUCGCCAAGUUUCCAGACCUUCAAGAACGCCUUCAGCACAAACUCACGCAGGCAGCAGACACUGUCCUCAGCAAAUUAACUGAAAAAAUGGAUGCCCUUCAAGUGGUGAAGGAUUCCAUCAGUAAGCAGGUGUUUGCGCUUUUCCAGCUAUAUGAGCAGAACUCCGACUUCCUUGAUCUGCGCUCUUGUGUUGCCAGAUCUGCCAUUUCUCCAUCUAUUGCUGACAUGUUGGAAUGGCUCCAGGACGCAGAAUACUACUAUCGUGUCCAAUAUGUUCAGAGGAGCAGCCUGCUACAGAUGCUAAAGCCUGAUGACCUUACACUUAUGGAGACAGCACCAAAGAGAUGGGCAUCUUUAGAUUCCCCUAGUAGAGAAGAAAGAAUUUCAGAUGCACUCUUUCAAGUGUCCUUCUUCUUGGAGUCUGAGUAAACUGUUAUUGAGUUUCUGCCAAGCUUACAUCACCUAUUUACAAGCUCCCAACUGGAAAAAAAGUGCAGCUGAGCUGUAAUUAUGAGGCGGAAACUUGGUAACCUGAGUCUCAGAUUGUCCUGUAAUGUCUGGCUCUUAUACUACAGACACUGCUCGACCUUGCUUUGGCAGUUUUCAGGAAAACAAAUGCUAAAAGACAUGGCCUGUACCUGCAACUUUACAAAAACGAGCAUUAGUUUAGUAACUUUUCGUAUGGGGGAAAAUUCCAAGAAGCACAAAUCACAGUGUUAGUAUAACAAAUGAAGAGGAUAAGGAUGCACAGCAACCCACACAUAAGAUGAGGUAAUAUGUGAGCAUAUGCAGUGAUAUUGAACUUGCUGCAUGACUUUGGACUCCUAACCUCAUUGGAACUUCACAGACUCUUAAAGAAUGCUGUUCAAGGACUUUUGUGAAAACUGAAGGUAAACACUGAUUUUGUUCAUGGACUUGUACAGUUCAAGUGUUCUUAAUAAAUAUGAAUUGCUUUGCAUUUGUUGCAGUUAGCAUCUA